AUGGAGCCACAGAACUUAACAAGCAUCUUGGAAUUUCUCCUCCUGGGACUGACAGAUGAUCUAGACCUGCAGCUUGUCCUCUUUGGGCUGUUUCUGGCCAUGUACCUGAUCACCGUGCUCGGAAAUCUUCUCAUCAUCUUGGUCAUCAGCUAUGACCCCCACCUCCACACCCCCAUGUAUUUCUUCCUCUCCAUCCUUUCUUUGGCUGACAUUGGAUUCAUCUCCACCACCGUCCCCAAGAUGCUAGAGAACCUCCAGACUCACAGCAAAUCCAUCAGCUAUGCUGACUGCCUAAUGCAAAUUGCCUUUUUUAUUUUGUUUGGUUGCUUGGACAGUCUGCUGUUGGCAGUGAUGGCCUAUGAUCGCUUGUUGGCCAUCUGUCACCCUCUCCACUACUCACUCAUCAUGAGCCCCCGCCUUUGUGUUAGGUUGGUCCUUCUGUCAUUGGUCCUCAGUCUUUUGGACUCCCUGCCACACUACUUGAUGGUGUCACGAUUUAACUUCUGUACAGAUGUAAAAAUUCCCAAUUUCUUCUGUGAGCCUCCUCAACUCUUUAAGCUUGCCUGUGAUUACACUUCCACUAAGAAUAUCUUCAUCUUUCUCUUUGCUGCAGUCUUUGGUGGGCUUCCAGUCUCCGGGAUACUGUACUCUUAUGCUCGCAUUGUUUCCUCUAUUCUUGGAAUCCCAUCAGCCAGUGGGAAAUACAAAGCCUUCUCCACCUGCGGCUCUCACCUCUCAGUUGUGUGCUUGUUUUAUGGAACAGCCAUUGGGGCAUAUUGCAGUUCAAUUAUUUCUGAUGCCAACAGGAAAGUGAUGGUGGCCUCGGUGAUGUACACCAUGGUCACCCCCAUGCUGAAUCCCUUUGUCUACAGUUUAAGGAACAGAGACAUCAAGAGAGCUCUUUGGAGGCUGAACUUCUGUAGUUUGGAUCUUGAAUGCUUCUUAUAUUCUACCAGCUUCUAG